UGCACCGAGAAGCUGCCAGUGCUGAUUCUGCUGAGAGUGAAGUUACUUCUCAAGUUGUUUCAAAGUAAAUUUUCCAUCAAAUAAUCAGCAUCAGCUGUGCUAUUGUUGAAUCACGAGAUUCUUUUCUCCUCGUUAUUUCACGUUUUUACGCUCGUCACAUUCUUAACUCGUGGAUGUGAAGUAUCGUCAUGGUGUCUAUUGAAAUUGGAACGCAUAAAGCGAAGAGCGUCCACAAUAUUCAGGGUUCGAACGUCUGUGAAAAUGGGCGUCUGAGUCCCGCGGGAAAUCCCGUUCAACCCGAAUCUGAAAAAAAUACUUAUUCGCGGACUAGACCAAUGGUCGGGCGAUUUUACAUAAUUCUCUUCGUUAUUAUCGUCACGUUGCAAAUUGUAUAUAUUUCGCAAGCGAUCGCGUCCAGUGUAGAGAUUCUGCAGGAAAUCCUGGAUAAACCCGAAGCACACCAAACCGGGGAACUUGAGACGAAUGAAAUCACGAGAGACAUAUCCUGUUCCGGUACCAACGACUGCGCCCGAAAUUGCGGUAAAAUUCCCAAGGGAUCGCGAUUCGAUUGUCAUCCAGAAACCGGCGCCUCUCAGCUCGCUUGCACGGAUCGAGGUUGCUGUUGGGAUCCCGUUGAAAUACCGAACCCGAGAAGAAACGUUAAUCGCAAACGAGUAUCUUUGGGUGAACCUCCUUGCUAUUACCCCGAAGAUUGGCCCAGCUAUGAAUUCGUUAACUCGACGAAAAGUGGGAAUAACUUUUCCGGCUUCCUGGUCCGGAAAAUCAAAUCGUUUUACGAGAAUGAUCUGGACUUGAUAAAAAUGGAGACCACGAGCUUGAGCGAUGAUAUUCUGCGUGUGAAGAUCCAUGACCCUGAAAAUUCUAGGUACGAGCCUCCGUGGCCAUUGAAAUCUAAUUGGGCAGAUUUCCGUCCAAAAAACUCUGUCCCAAAAUACACUUUUGAAGCAGAUGUUCUGCGAUGUGGCUUUAGGGUAAAGCGUGUAGCAGAUAACGUUACUUUAUUCGAUUCUGUAGCCAAAGGGGGUUUCAUAUUUGCCGAUCAAUUCCUCCAAAUACAUUCGACUUUGCCAUCGCACAACAUAUACGGAUUAGGCGAACACAGGGCGCCACUCAAGCUCGGUACUGGCUGGCGAUCCUUCACAAUGUUCAACAAGGAUCAACCCCCCACUGAACAGGCAAAUUUGUACAGCUCGCAUCCCUUUUACUUCAUGAUCGAAGAUUCUGGAAACUGUCACGGAGUUCUUUUCCUGAACAGCAAUGCUAUGGAUGUAAUAUUGCAGCCCACUCCGGCCAUAACGUUUAGGAUGAUAGGAGGAAUCUUUGACAUUUACUUCUUCAUGGGACCAACACCAGCUGAUGUUUUGAGGCAGUACUCCGAGAUUGUUGGUAAACCGUUUUUCCCACCUUAUUGGUCUCUCGGUUUCCAUCUUUGCCAACUCGGUUAUGGGAGCGUUGCCAACACCAGAGAAGUUUGGCACCGAACACGAGAUGCUGGAAUACCAUUUGACACCCAAUGGAACGACAUAGACUACAUGGAUCGCCGCAAUGAUUUUACAUUGGACAAAACAAACUAUAAAGACCUGCCUGAGUUUGUCCGAGAAAUACAUUCGGUAGGUAUGCACUACAUUCCAAUCCUAGAUGCCGGUAUCGGUGCCUCCGAGAAGAAAGGCACCUAUCCAGCCUACGACGAAGGCAUACGAGAUGACAUAUUUGUGAAGGAUGGGAUUACAAAUGAGCCCUUUGCUGGGAAAGUUUGGAAUCCAGUUUCGACUGUGUGGCCUGACUUCACUCACCCUAAAAGCCCAGAUUACUACCGUCGCAUGCUACAGAACAUGCACACCGUUUUUCAAUUUGACGGCAUAUGGAUCGACAUGAACGAGCCAUCCAAUUUUUAUAACGGUCACUCCACCGGCUGCCUGUACAACAAAUUGGAUAAUCCGCAAUAUGUACCUAACGUUGUUGGUGGAUCGCUGGCAACCAAGACGCUGUGCAUGAAUGCUCAACACUAUCUGGGACCCCAUUACGACCUCCAUAAUACAUAUGGCAUCGGCCAAGCUGCUGCUACGAAUUCAGCCUUAAGUCGUAUUAGAAACAAGAGACCGUUCGUGAUUUUGAGGGCAACGUGGGUGGGUUCCGGAUAUUAUUCAGGGAGCUGGACAGGAGAUGUCUAUUCUUCAUGGCACGAUUUGCGGAUGAGUGUUGCAGAAAUAUUGAGCCACAGCUUCUUCCAAGUUCCCAUGGUCGGUGCCGAUAUCUGUGGAUUCGAUGGCAACACCACCGUGGCCCUGUGCAAUCGUUGGGUGCAGCUCGGUGCAUUUUAUCCGUUCUCAAGAAAUCACAAUUCGGACGAUACCAUCGUUCAAGAUCCAGUGUCGAUGGGAGAACUGGUGGUCAACUCCGCAAAAAGAGCAUUGACGAUCCGAUACAAAUUCCUACCUUACUUGUACACACUCUUCUUCAAGGCACACAAAUUCGGCGACACUGUUGCAAGGCCGUUAUUUUUCGAGUUUAUUCAUGACAAAAAUACCUACGGCAUAGACACGCAAUUCCUAUGGGGUAGUUCGCUGAUGAUCGUACCUGUCCUGGAAGAGGACAAGCUCGAAGUGACAGCGUACAUCCCACGUGGGCCGUGGUACGACUAUUACACGAAAGCUGUCUUCUUCUCGGCCGGAGAAAACGUGACGCUGAAAGCCCCGCUGGAUACGAUACCAUUAUUGGUUCGUGGCGGGUCAAUUUUACCGGCGCAAACACCGAACGUAACCACUACGCUGAGCCGGAAGAAUAAUUUUGAAUUACUCGUCGCGCUGGACACGAAGGGAUGCGCUCUAGGCGAGUUGUACUGGGACGACGGCGACAGCUUAGAUUCGAUCGCGAAAGAGCGGUACAGAUGGCUGCGAUUUACGGUCAAGGAUCAAAAACUGACGAAGCUCGAGGUGGAGAAGGGGCAUUUCGAGGAAGACAUGAUCCUCGGACGAGUCGGUUUGAUGGGCGUUGGAAAGAAAGUUGAUCGCGUCUUCCUGGACGGGAAUCGUAUAGACUUCGUCUACGACCAACGGAAAUCUUUCUUGGAGAUCGGCGAGCUCCACGUCGACCUGAAAAGCAGCUUUGUAUUAUCCUGGACACACGGGAGGGACUAGGAAUAGAUCCAGACUUUGGAUUUGAUCCUUCCGGUUAUAGUUACUUUGCACCCCCAGCACCUGGAUAUACAGCAGAGGACUCGUUGGAGUUGAAUAAGUUUGGUGACUGAGUGGAUGAGUUUUGGGAAAAUUGUGGCUGUUACCGGAGACGGAGGCAAUUCAAAGUCCUUCGAUGAAACUGCUGACUCCACCGACGAAGGGACUCGAAGAUCUCUACGGUGAAACAGGUGUAACUGUGCAGAUCAGACACCUAGAAUUAUUAAUGUAUCAACAGCUUACUUGAAAAGCAUCUGGUUUACGCUUUGCACCACUUUUUUGAAUCAGUUUCGAAUUCUUGUUAUCCGAAAAAAACUUGAAAAUCUCUACGGUGAAACGGAUGUGACUGUGCAAAUCAGACACUUAGAAUUAUUAGCGUGUGAA